CUGAGCAUUGCCAAACCACUUUCACUAUUGCUGUCAGUAAAGUAAACGAAACCCUCAUCAGAUGAACUGGCUCUUCAGAGACAAAGGCCGUUUGUCUCCGUACAAAAGACUCCCCUAUCACACGCAUCACACGCAGGACCCAAGACCAAACUAAACCAAAUCUGUCCCUCCAGGCCCCGCUUCACCGCACUCGUGAAGGACCACCCGCCCCCCUGUCCCCCUUCGAUUGUACCGCGUACGUAUCAAUUUACUCGCUAGGUACUUGCCGCUAUUACGAGCGCCGACCAGGCCAGGCCGUACCUGCUUCCUGCUGCCGCUGCCAUUGCUACCCAGGUUCCUGAUCCCUCUCUCCCUCCCUUCCAUCUCACUCCUUCCCUUGGCUGUUGCCGCUGGUCUUCCUUUUCCCUCUCGUCUUCCCCCACACAACAAAUCCAUUUCAUUCAUCAUCCGCGACAACGGGAAAAACCAACCCAUAUCGACGACGACGAGACGACCAAACGCUGUCACUUUCAGCCACGCCUCGUCGCGGAGACGAUUUCUCGCCUCGGUCUUUCGCUAAUUAACUUUACUUCUUUCUUUAUUAUCGCCUUAUUCCGUUCCUAAUUCUACGCCAAUUGCCGCGGCUUCACUCUCGCUAUCCAUCUAUCCAAAGUCAGUCCGGAAGAAAGCCACGUCUUUUGAAGGCCAUAAUUCGUCGCCAUUGUCGAUACUUUGUCGACCACCUCCGCCGUGGGCUUUGCUUUGACUCAUACCAGUAAUCUUGGACCAUUGGAAGGAUUGGAAGUACACUGUCAACAACCCUGGACUUGAAACGACGACAACCAACUUUCGCCCGAACGAAACGACUCGAUCGACAAGGAAUUCGAUCAUCAUCACUAGGAUACGUGGUCACGAUGUGGUCUUGUAUUAUGAAACCACUGGCGGUCCUCGCCUCAGUGGCAGCCCUGGCCUCACCCGUUUCUGGAGAGAAGAUUCUUUACUCCAACUCGCUCAACAGUUGCCAGAAGGAUAAUGGUUUCAAAGCUACGCUCUUCAACGUUGCCCUGACACCAAACAACGGCUCUGCCUUUGUCAAGGCUGUGGCAACGUCAUCCAUCCAGGGCAAGGUUAUCUUCGACAUUCGACUCUCGGCAUACGGCUACCAGUUCCUUCAACAGACCGUAGACCCUUGUACAAUCAAUCUCGCUGGUCUCUGUCCCAUGGUUUCUGGAAAAAUUCCAUUCAAGUUCAACUUGCCAGUCGGCAAAGAAAAUCUCAAACAAGUACCUGGAAUCGCCUACAGUGUUCCCGAUCUCGACGCUACCGUCCGUGUUUAUGUCAAUAUGUCCAGCACUGGUGAAAGCGUCGCAUGUGUCGAAGCUGAUUUUUCCAACGGAAAAACGGUUGAUCUCAAAGGUGUCAAGUGGGCUACUGCCAUCAUUGCCGGCCUUGGUCUGAUUUCUUCUGCCGUUGUUUCCGGGGUCGGUCACGCCAACACUGCUGCUCAUGUCGCUUCUAACUCGCUUUCCUUGUUUGGCUAUUUCCAGGCACAGGCCAUUCUUGGUCUCACCAGCGUCGGACUCCCCCCAAUCGUUUCCUCUUGGACUCAGGAUUUCCAGUGGUCAAUGGGAAUCAUCCGCGUUGGCUUCAUGCAGGACAUUUUUACGUGGUACCAACGAGCAACUGGCGGCACACCCGAGUCUAUUUUGUACAAUGUUCGCCAAGUGUCGGUCGAGGUUCAGAAGCGAAGUUUGCAGGCUGCUUCCACCAGUAUCGAUCUCUUCAAACGUAGUGCCGCCAUGAUGCCUCGAAGUAUCACGGAGCCCAUCGGUCAUGCUGCUGGGGCACUCGCCAAGCGCGCCAAUAUCCAAACCGAGGAUGGCACUUACAUCGUGUACGGUAUUCAGCGAGUUGCUUUCAAGUCUAGGAUUGAAACCACCAAUCUGUUCAUGACCGGCCUCACUUUCUUUUGCAUCUUCGUGGUUAUCACAUGUCUGGCUAUUGCUGCCUUCAAGGGUGUAUGCGAACUGUGCGUUCGUCAGAAGUGGAUGGCCCCAGACAAAUUUUUGGAAUUCCGAAACGGUUGGAUGACUGUCCUAAAGGGCAUCCUCUUCCGUCUGACGCUCAUCGGCUUCCCUCAGAUGGUCAUCCUUUGUUUGUGGGAAUUCACUCAACAGGAUUCGCCUGCUGAAGUCGUUCUCGCUGUCUUCUUCCUCUUGGGAAUGACCUUCACACUCGCUUGGGGCGCCAGCAAGGUUAUCCGCAUCGCUCGCCGUUCUGUUGCCAUGCACCGAAACCCAGCCUACAUCCUCUUCUCGGAUCCCCAGGCCCUCAACAAGUGGGGUUUCCUCUACGUUCAAUUCCGAGCUUCUGCUUACUACUUCAUUGUUCCCGUCCUUGUCUACACUGUGGUCAAGGCCAUGUUUGUUGCAUUGGCUCAGAAAAACGAUGUGGCACAGGCAGUUGGGUUUAUCAUCAUUGAGGUCGGUUUCUUAAUUGCCGCCUCGGUUCUUCGACCCUGGAUGGAUAAACCCACCAACUCGUUCAACAUCGCUAUUGCUGCUAUCAACUUCAUUAACGCCAUCUUUCUCCUCAUCUUUUCUAAUGUGUUUGGGCUGCCUAAGAUUGUCGUUGGUGUCGUUGGUGUCGUGUUGUUCGUUUUGAAUGCUGCGUUCGCACUUAUUCUUCUUCUCAUGCUUAUCGUCUCAACGGCCUUGGUCUUCUUCCGCAAGAACCCUGAUGCACGAUACCAGUUCAUGGCCGACGAUCGUGCGUCGUUCAUGAAGUCUCAAACCCAGGUCAACGCCACAACCGAGCUUGAUGCUCUUGCCGCUACUGCCCGAGGUGACAAGGCUGGUUAUAGCAACAAGCACCUCGAUCUCGAUGAGGAGGACUCGGUGUCUUCUGAGAGCUUGAGAAGGCGGGCGGAGAUGAACAACCAGUCCCAAACAUCGUUUCAACGGGGCGAUGUUCCUCCCCGGUCUCCUGUGAACCCCGCCAUGCCACUUUUCCCUGCUGACGGGCAACGACCAGCAAGCCCGUUCCGCAAUGCGUCACCAAACCCAUACCAACAGUCGACAUCCAAUCUCUCUCAACAACGGUCGGCAGGCGACAGUAGCCCAGGUGGUUACAGAUCACAGAACAAUGCCAGCCCUUGGCAGCGUGGUGCUGGUUACGAGCACUAACUGAUGUAACCGAGGCUCUAUCCAUUUAUCUCAUGAAAAGCUUACAUCUGAGAGCUCUAUCAUCAGCGAAGGCUUCGGAUUUGACGACAUUUUGUCAAAAACGAGCCGGCCUAACAACAUCAACACAUCGAAUUUUCUGCUGUGGACGAUGAGAGUUAGCUCUCGAAUUAAGCCGUUAAUCGACACUGACCACGCCAAGACCGUGUUUUCUUUUUCCUUGUUUGUUUCGUCGUACUCAAAUUUCUUUUUGGAUGGUUUGUCGAAAGCAUGACGACGGCGUCUGCGAUGAGACCUGGCGUUGGCGAUUAUCGAAACCCUAGUGCUCUUACGAGUAUUUGCUUUGUAUAUAUAAACAGUAUCGGGAAGGAAUGAGGGAUGCACUUUUUUCACUGGAUUGGGAUAGCUCAGGCACCAGUUCACGUUCGAUAUCCGAGAGAGUACGCCACAGCUUAGAAGAUGUGGCAGUGGGGAGCUUGACUUCCCAUUACUUGUACCCAAAUUAAAAACAAAAAAUUCCAAUAGCCGGAUUGUUUUCCAGGUGAAUGACAGUCGCCUGAAAUAGCCUCCUUAGGCCAGCUUGAGGUUCAAGUGCAAACACAAUCCAUGAAAGGUGCGUUACUUUAUUUAUCUAAUGAAAAAGGUCUUUCCAGUGACUGGAACUUCCGUGGCUAACGGAGAAGUAAUUGUCCAUGGAGCUUGUAUCCAAUGUAUCUAAGCUCAGUACUCGGUAUGGACGAUGCAAAACCAGCCAUCGUAGUGAUUGAAAGCCUUGAAUUCUCAUCCACACUUCCAUGUAACACCUCGGACGUUGAAGAGGGAAACACCAAAUACCCAGCCUCCCCAACCAUCCGUACAAAUACAAUGAUUAUUCCAUAUCUGAGCGGAACAGCAAGGCUUUGCGUUCAAACGAGAGGCUUUAAGAUACAGUGAGGAAGAGGCAAAACAAGACUACUCUAAGUCUUGUAGUAUGACUAUUGGUACAUGACGAAUGGUAUAUAUAAGCAAGCAAACAAGGACGCAAAAUAAAAAUAAAAAAAGAAAUUCAAGAAAUGGAGUUUUGUGAGACCACGAACGUCUCUGGACUAGUAGGCUUUCAAAGUCGCAAGACUUGCUGACGGGAAUUUUGCCAAAGGGAAGACCUAGGUAGAUAGAUAUAAUAUAGUUGAUGGACUGAUGAGGCUGAGUGAUGAUCUCUUGUGUUCGAUUCGAGUCCGCCAAAAAAUUGCGCAAAGGCUUGAGAUAAAGGUAAGAUAGUGGAAAAAAGAGAGAUAGAAGAUUAUUGAGAAACACCGUCGUCGAGUUAUGAUAAUGAAAAGGUCAGUGCCUGUCGCAGUUGGCGAUUGAUGUCGUUUGUUGUCGUGAUAAAUGUUUGUUAACCUCGUAGAGGUAAAGCUCCCUCCAUACCCCCUUUCCCUUUUCCCUUUCAACGCCCACCCCUUCCUUUAGCUCCGAUGCAAAUUGGGAUUGUCUCACCGCCAGCACCAACACCAACACCUGCCACUUGAUUUCUUAGUCCUCCCAUGUCAACUCGUAUUCUUCCCCUCACCUUUCUUUCACCUCUGCAUCAUCAAAUCUUUAUUGAUGACAUAAAAUGUGAAGUCGCAUGUGAAAAACGCUGCGGCAAGUCCCGACAGCCACAUACGUGGUCUCAUGCAGGAACCAGGAACCAAAAAUCAAAUAGACCCGAUUUGGAUUGAAUUUGAGGGGUUAAAAUGCAAAACCCUGUUCCAUCAGCUUGUCGACAUCACCACCUGCUGCUUGCACCGCUUUCAUGGCCGCCUCGCUCAAUCGUCGCCUCCGUUCCAUCGCCUCACGCUCUCUUCGCGCCUUGGUCUUCGAACUGCCGCUCGGCGCAACACCUGUCAUUAGGAGACCGCCGUCGCUGGGAGUAAAAUUGACGAACCCGAUCUCGCUGCCGCCUCCACUGCUGCCGCUUGCAUCUCGAGAUCGUCGUUGCUUGCGCAUUGCCGUGGGAGUCCCCGGUACUAUACCUCGACCCGAGGCGCUGCGAGCUGAUGCGACAGACCCAUUGGAGCUGUGGCGCGAGUGUGCUGUGGCGGGCGUGGGUGGAAUGGACGGCUGGCGUGUCUUACGAAUUGGAGAGCAUGACAAGUGUCGUGCUCCAGAAGACGGGGCUCGUGGCGGACGAUGGCGUUCUGAUGUUGGAGGGAUAGGCGGUGGGGGGAGGUAAGUCUGGGUGUUCAACGAAAGGUCGUGACUGGGAGCCGAGGCGUUUCGUGGUUGUGGCAUAUGGAUCAUGAGGCCAGCCGAAUUGGGAUCGUGAACCUGAUACUCGUACGGCAACUCCGCAUGCUGGGCAUGCAUGGCAAGGUUGAGGCUGGCGUUUUUCUGCUGUUGCGGAUCGGCUACAACAUAUUCGCCAUUCUGGUUUAAAAGAUUUAGAUCCCACCACCCGCUUUGAUGAGGAUUUUGAGCCAUAUACUCUUGCCCCGGCCAUGUCUCGGGUGCUGUACCCACAACAGUAACAGGUUGCUGGUGUGGGUGAGGAUGAACAUGGGCCUGUGGAUGUGGAUGUGGAUGUGGAUGUGGAUGGGGAUGGGGAUGCUGGUGUGGAUGAGGGUGUGAGUGCGGGUGUUGUUGAUGCUGCCAAGAUGACUGAGGAACUUGCCCUGCCAUGUCGGGAUGGUAAAGGCCAGGUUCAGUCUUGACUCCUGGGGAUUCUGCUGGUGUGUGGAUUCCGUUGGUGCUGAAAAAGCGGAGAGAGUUGUUCGGAGGCGGCUGAGGAAUUUCACUAAAGGGAUCGUCACAAAACCCAUGAACAAAGUUGGUGCUAUCCGGCCCGCAUGUCGGUGAUGGGGGGAAUGCGUCAUUACCGUUGCCAUAUUCGUGAUGCUGCAGUCGCAAGGCCCGAGGAGGAUUGUCCAUGGUCGGAGAGCCUGGGCGGUCCAUGGCAACGAGCUUCUUGGGUUUGCGAAGUUUACUGGCUUUACGAAUCGUGGAUGAGAGUGCCUCAACGAAUUUGUUGGGUUUCCUGGCCAUUGUGUUGGGUGGGGUUGGGGAUGAUGGUUGUGAAAUAGGCACCCGCUUUCCAGGUGAAGAGUGUAAUGAAAUGCCAUCAACUCGGGGCAGUUCUGGGUCUGACAUGGAAACUCGAGGCACCAGGGGAGGCUUCUCGUCCGUCAGUCCAACGGCACUCGCAAGUGCGAGGCUUCGAGGAUCGACCUCAUGCGAUGCACUUGCGACAGCGGAUGAGGCUGGCUGAGAGGGGAUUGUCGCGUCGACCUGAGAACUGCAGGAGAAGAAAUCGAACUCAUCUUCAGUUGUUGAAACGCCUGACGAGGCAGAUGCAGUGGACUCGGUAGGAUGGUCGAGGAUAAGUCCAUUGGCUAGGGCCGGCAUUGAUGGGUUGUGACCGUGUGGAUCGGCCAUAGAAGAUGGGAUUUCACCAUCAAAGUUGAGAAACUGACCAAAGAAGUCGUUUGAUCCAUCGUUAGGUCCAUUGUCGAUAUCCUGCCAGUAGAAGCCUGGGUCGCGGUCGACAGCUUCAACCCGAUAGGGCAAGGUCCAAGAGGCCAUUGGGAUACUGGACUGUUGUUCUGCAAUAGUAGUUGAAGCUGAUGGGUGAGGAUGCAAUGGAGGCGUGGUCAGCCAAGCGAGUCACCUAGGGCUGGCAGAGAGAGUUACGGAAGACGACGAAGAUGUCGAAGUGGAAGUGAAGGUUGAUGGCAUGAAUGAGGUGAGAGCCAAAAGAAUGGCAACGGAGGGAAUGAAAAGAAGGAGCCAGACCCGGAGCCUGAGGAGUCUUUGAGCGAUAGUGAGAAGAGAGGCGAGAGGCCUGAGCCAGUCAGAGGCAGCAAAACAAAGUUCAAGACGAGCAACAAGGGACUCGGCCGGUAAGCGAACGAGACCUGGCAAGGCGUGGAGAUGGCCAAAGUCAAGUCAAUGGAGCAACGGACAAGCUAGCAACGGGUACCAGAGAAACGGGCAAGACACAGGGACAAAAAUCAAGGUUGGUCUUCCCUGAGAUUAGUAGUAAGAUAUUGAUGAACAGGGCCAGAAUCAGGGUCAUGAGAGUAAGAAAGAGAGGACUACGAAUUCACUCUGGCGCAGCAACGAGACCGUUGGGUCGGGUUGCUACUUGGAGGAGGGCGAUUUGAGUGCGACAGUGGGAGGAAUGCACGGGGCUAUGAGGGAGCAUUCCAUUGAGAAAGAUUCUCGUGUCAUUGACAGAUGAUUGACCCCCCUUUGUCUGUUCCAAAUGGGAAUUUAAAGAGGACGAUCUUUCUGUGUUGCAAAUGUUAAUUGAUCGAACGAGUGAUAUGUUUAUAUAUAUAUUUGAAAUCACAUUUAAGGAAAUAAACGACACUCUCCAUGGGUUGGCGAUUGAGCGCAAGUGAAGAGUCAUGACUGACAUGACUCUUCUCAGACGGCAAGUGGUGAUGCUCUGGACGCCCGAAGCCACCCAAGACUAAGUGGUAGAGGCGCUGGGAUGGGCUAAAGUAGAGUUUACGGGUGUACCUACGUUAGCCUAGCAUUAGUAUUAGUAUUUAUGGGCGGGAAGGGCGAAGGCGAGAUGGGAGAGGGGAGAGGAGAGCGUUAAUGGGAAGAGAGCGUGCGAAAGUUUGAGUCGGGUCGGUUGAUCAUGGGCGGAGCAUUGCUUUCAACUGGACACAGGUACAGAAGUGUAGAGUUCAAGAGCUCGUUCGAAUUGAUCAAAAGAUUGGCAGUAUGACGUCCAGCGAUGAUCUCCCCACGGCGGUAUCACAUCACAUCACGCCUCUUGCAGCACAUCGCAUCUAUCGUGGUUUUAGUUUUUGAUGUUGAUUCUCGUUCGGGCUGACAAAGCCCCUGGCUGUUUUCUUGUGCCCCUGGUCCCGGCCCUGAUCCUGGC